GACUUGAACACUUACAUUGACCUGCUCAACGACACUUAUAAUAAUUGUUCAACAGGGCCUUUCGAGGGCAACAGUAUGUAUGGAGCGACGGCCAUGAUAUUUACUCAAGUGUUCUACGCUCUCACAUUCCUUGUGGGGCUGUCGGGAAAUACGCUAGUUAUUUACGUUGUUGCGAGAUUCUCAAAAAUGCAAACCGUAACUAAUUUCUAUAUCUUGAACCUGGCACUUGCAGACGAGCUGUUCUUACUAGGUAUUCCAUUUUUAAUCACAACCCAGGCUUACAAUGAUUGGAUUUUUGGAGACAUCAUGUGCAAGGUGUACAUGAGCACUACUUCCCUCAACCAGGUCGCGAGCCCACUUUUCCUCACUGUAAUGAGCGCCGACAGAUACAUUGCAGUGUGUCAGCCCAUUAACUCAACACAGUUUAGAACUCCUCUCAUUUCAAAAAUCGUUUCCCUAUCCGCCUGGUCAUUAUCUGCCCUUAUGGUGACUCCCAUGGUUAUGUACGCUAAUACAUUGCAAAUGGACGGCGAAGCCAACUGUAACAUCUUCUUCCCUACAGUUAACAACGUGUCUGGGCACGUUAUCUUCACUGUUUACUCAUUCGUUUUAUCGUUUGGUGUUCCUUUUGGUUUAAUUUUCAUAUUUUACCUAUUUGUAAUUCACAAGUUACAGACUGUGGGUCCAAAAUCGAAGUCAAAAGAGAAGAAGAAGUCGCAUCGCAAAGUGACGAAGUUAGUCCUGACCGUGAUACUAGUGUACGUAGUGUGCUGGUUGCCCUACUGGGUACUACAACUGACGCUCAUCUCCCGCAAGGCGGGAGCAGGACACUCGGCCUAUGAGAUCUUCACGUUCGUCUUCUGCAACUGCCUACCUUACAUCAACUCUGCUAUUAACCCAAUCUUGUACGCGUUCUUGAGUGAAAACUUCAAGAAGAGUUUUAUCAAAGCAUUUGCAUGCAUUAAGAAUCCCGACGGCGCCAUGGCUCUCAAUGCUGAACAUUCUGCGCAGCCGCGACGCCAGAGGGACGGAUUGUCGUCUCGUUCUGCCCUGUGCCUGACAGACGCUGUCACGGGUGACAGAAGGAGCUCACAUGUUCCAAUGAGCAGGGACGCUUCCAGUGCCAUGACCCUGUCUUCCAGGGCACCUCACAGCCACACCAGCGAGGAUCAAAACAAGAACGGCCACCUCCUCGAGGUUCCCCACAUUGUCCACGCCCCACCCCGUUCCCCUACCUGAGUAACCGAAAACGCAGCUACCGGUUAACCGAGGCCAAUUUCAGGGUGUGGGGAUCGAUGGGCCUUUAAAUUAAAGUGCUCAACAUGUAGAUCUUACGGAAAUCUGAUCUCCAUUCAUAUGGUCUUUAAAUUUUAAAUUUAUUUCCGGGUCGGCUGCAGUCCAACUACAUUUUUCAAAUUCCCAAUGUCGUGUGCAUUGAAGAUAUUAGAUACAUUAAUUUAAUGGCUAGCUCUGCACUGUGCAGCCUUCUGUUAGUUUUUGCAGACUUCUCGUCUCUAUUUUAACUAGAUCAUUCAUUGAGUCGAGACUCUUCCAUAACUAACGCAGAAGUUGAGAGAAUUCGUUUUGAUGUGCAGCGGUUUGACUCGGUGUUGGGUCACCAUAAGGCCGCUACCGGUGGUCGUGAUACAGAGAGUACUUCUCUGCCAGCCUGAAAGUCAUACACCGGAUGCAUGUUAUUUUUCUUGAAGUUCCAACUUUGGAGCAUUUCCAGGAAUUUUUGGUAGUUUGUAUCUCUUUAUUGAUGAGUGGUAUGUGAGCUGUUAAGCUGUUUUUGACCUGUGUAAAUAUAAGGUUAUUAUGUAGGAAGAUAAGAUAUUCAAUGAUCAGAGAACUCGACUUAGAAUGCUACGAGGAGCAAUAAAAAAUGCAUCCUUCAAAAUUCGAAAUCCGGCAGUACGUUUUUCACAGUUCCGCCUAAUUCAAUUAACGUUACUUUUAGGGGAGUAUAUUAAAAGCUGCGUCCAACUUGAUACAUGGCUAUCAACUUAUUAAUACACAAAAAUUGCUUGUAUAGUAACGAAUUAGACUGAAGGCCUGAGAAUGAAAUUUAUUUAUAAUUUUCAUGUUGGUUUUCUCAUUAAGUCGAACCAUAAUUUUGGUAGGCGUUGGCAGAUUGAAAAUCAGGUUUCCAAAUGUCAUUAUUACUAUUUAAU